AUGCUUAUAUUUUGGCUUCCACUAACCACAUAUACUUGGCCUUACCGAUAUUGUAUAAAUCAAUGCGAUGUCGGUAAGCAACAGGAGUAUAUUUUACAUAUAUGUUUCGUUGUUUCAGAGCGUCUAAACGUUCUGUAUGAACGUAAUUGGACAAGGCUCGUGCAUGAGCAGCUACGAAAGUUUGAGUCAUCAAUAGUGGCGGCUGCAAGACAGACGGAUGCCUAUUCCGCUGAACUAGCUGCUGAGUCUAAAUGGACAUUCUCCGGAGCACUCAUCUAUUGCAUAACUCUUAUAACCACAAUAGGGUAUGGUAAUGUAUCGCCACGGACAGCCGCCGGGCGAUUGGCUACAGUGGCGUAUGCUGCGGCUGGCGUGCCACUUACAUUGGCAUGCCUGGCCGGUCUGGGAGCAUCGCUGGCUAGACUGGCGAGAUUGGCUUGGCUAAAAGCAACUAGAGACAAAGUGCCUAAUACAUGGAGAAAAGAUGGCGAGCUGGAGAACCACUUCCAGUUACAUGAGCAACAGCGUCUUCUUCCACAACCGCUGGAACACAAUCAAUAUACAUCGUUCCCACCAAGAACUAACAGGUCUUUAGGCACGGUUAAGGCCAGGGCAGGAGAUCGUGGUCAAUACUGCCAGGUCUUCGAAAAGGCUCCUUUAAGUCCACGGGCUGCUACGUUGGGAAGAAAUCGGAAAACCUUGGUUGAAGAACCUCAUACAUCAUCGGCUCUUCAGACACAGACUCUAGAUAGGAAACGUACCGGUCAGAAGUGUUUGGCAACGGUCCACGGACACGCGGGGGGCAGCGGGGUGAGGGGUGCGGGGCUGAGGAGGGGGAGGGGCGGCAGGGGGGCGGCCAUAGAACAGCUGAUAGCAGAAGAGUGUGGAGAAGUUUAUAAGAACCAGGAGGAAGUUGACUCCGAAGACGCUGAUGAAAGGAUAUGUCAACACGACACGCCAUCAAGAGUGCCUUUGAUAUGGAAUGAUGAACAUCACAAAACCAAGAACUGUUCAGUUCCCAGCAGUUCCUCAAAGACAGUUAAUCAUCAGAAUCCCAAUCUAGAACAUUGUCAUAUUCCAAUCGGCAUCGUUUUGUUCCUACUAUUAGGAUACAUUUGCGUCGGCGCCAUAAUAUUUUCAGUAUGGGAAGACUGGAGUUUCCUUGACGCUGCUUACUUCUGCUUCAUCGCGUUAGCAACAAUCGGCUUCGGAGAUUUCGUUCCCACAAGCUUCCUCACUAAACAAGGAAGCGAAAACUCUAGAAGCGAAUAUGUGCAGAUAAUAGCGUGUUGUGCCUACAUCGUAUUCGGACUUAUUCUUAUAGCUAUGUCGUUUAGUUUGGUACAAGACGAAGUCGUGUCAAGAUGCACUCAGUUAGCUAAUAUUUUGGGACUAUCGAGACAAUGA